GCUAUGUGGGAGAUGUAACUUGUUGCAGAAUGAUGUCAAACGUCAGCAUCACGAGAAGGGCUGCACAACUCUUCAGGGAUCAACAAGCUGCAAACUUCCUGCAGGUGUUGAAGAAACUCGGUCUGUAGAUAGGGACAAAACUCCUUUACCUCAUAACUCUGAAUAUGUCACAUACGACGGCUGUUAUACCUGCAUGGAGGGAUCCUGGGUGAAGUCUUCGUGUCCAGAAGAACAUCACCAUCGAUGGAAACGUUCUCUUGGAAUUAUUGCUACCGUGGUUAGAAUUGUUAAUGGCAUUGUGGGAAUUGUCCAGGAAGGAGUUAAAAUAUAUUGCAAAUUCUUCUGCAGAGGUUAUACUGGAGAAGAAUACAGGCCACCACAGUUCACCAGUUGUGGUGGGCCUGCCUCCCCCAUGAAAACUCUGAGAGGAGAACGAGUGGUUGUGAUGUGGCCGAAGCCAGUGUACCAGGCAGGCAGUGCCGGAGGACCCAAACUGAUGCUUGUGUCCACAUCAGGAGACUCAGGAAAGUUGUUUAAAGCUGGGUACUACACGAUAACCUAUCACCUCGUGGACAACCAAGGAUAUAAAGAUUCGUGCUCUUUCUCAUUCCAAGUAAAAAUAAAAACGAUGAUAGAGACUUUGAAAAUGGAAGCUGAAUUGUAUUACUAUUAUGGUAACUGCAGCGACCCCAGUACUCAGGCGGAAAUCAAACAGAAGUUUGCAUUGGUUUUAGAUGACAGUGUGUUGUGGACUGACGGAUGUCCAUGCACUGUGGAGAACAUCACUGUGAUUUGUGGGGAGGAUCGGAGGAGGAGGGAUGUCAAUAUACGUGAAGAUAAAUUUGAGAAACGAUCAACAGUUUCUACAGCUAUAAUAACAUGGUUCUGGGUUGUGCCUGUUCAAAAUAGCUCCGUUACUGCAGACGAGCAGCUCAUUGCACGUGCUGAACGAAUGUUCAGUCUUGUACAAAAUAAUCAGAUGGACAUUGGUGUUGCUGGGUUUGAGGUCAGACCAGGAUCCUUUGGAUAUGACGAAUCAGACCCUGUCAGUCCUGGAUAUUUAGGAAAAUACAGUACAGGACGUUGCUAUGCGUGUCCAACUGGUACGAUGUACAGCAUGAUGGCCGAUAAAUGUGUUAGAUGUCCUCUUGGAACCUCCAGUGUAAGCCGUGUCCUGUUGGCUUGAAAACAAUGUUCGAUGGGGCAAGAACACAGGACAAAUGUGUUGUUCCAGGGCCUUGUCCAGCAGGUCAUUACUCUAAAAGCAGCUUUGAGCCAUGUAAUGCUUGUCCUGUUGGCAAAUAUCAGCCAAAUGCUGGGUCUUCAGCUUGUUUAUCCUGUGAACUUGGCAACACAACAUCCGGA